UGGAAACCUACCCAAUCCCGUGCGUAAAAGAUAUUUUGGACAGCUCUUUUGGAUAUGCAGAACUAGACUUGUCAAUGACCUUGAGCAGAAGCUGUUUAGAGGGAGAACACACUGCACUGAGAGACAACACAAGCCCAUUUCGGUGCAAGACUCAAGAUCCGUGACUUUGUUUUUUCCGCUGCAAAUCUGAAGUUGUUUUUCUUGAUGAGAACGUCGCGCUGUCCUGCUUCACCAGCCUCACAUCACCAAGAGUCUCCAGAUCCACAGGUCAAAGAGUUCUUUAUGAUUUGAUUGUAUUCUUGCCAUGUGUGCAUUCAGUAGUUGGAGAUAAAGCUGCAGCAAAAGUCUGGUGUGGGUUUCAAGAGGGAGGAGGGGGAGGUAAGGCUCUCGCUCAGUAGCAGCUCACCGGACCAGAGGAGGAGGAAAUCUGGGAGAGAGGGGGAGAAGAAGCGGCGUCUCCAAGGAUGACUUUAGGGACGGAUAUGUCCGACAGCUCUGCAUUGUCCGAAGAUGUGGACAUCGAUGUGGUUGGGGGUGACAUAUCCGUUGGAAAAGACGGAAAGUACAUUCACCACGAAUUCAACUUGGACAAUGACUCGGACGAUAAUUACUCCCAGAACGCGGCCGACAGGGUUUCCUCUCCCGGGCUCAGCAGCUCCGACUGUCCGUCAGACCAGAUGGGGUCCAGCGCAGACUCCGGGACCGUGAUCGGGGACAAAAGCAGAAAAAGCGCACUUGUCAAGCCCCCGUACUCGUACAUAGCCCUGAUCACCAUGGCCAUUCUGCAGAGCCCCAAGAAAAGGCUGACUCUGAGUGAGAUCUGCGAGUUCAUCAGUAACAGAUUCCCAUACUACAGGGAGAAAUUCCCCGCCUGGCAAAACUCUAUUCGCCAUAACCUCUCCCUAAACGACUGCUUCGUGAAAAUCCCACGGGAACCUGGCAACCCCGGUAAGGGCAACUACUGGACCCUGGACCCGGACUCCGCAGACAUGUUUGACAAUGGGAGCUUCUUGCGCAGGAGGAAGCGCUUCAAGAGGCACCAAAGUAAUGAAAUCCUCAGGGACUCCGGGGGGUUUCUCCCAGGGUUUGGAUAUGGCCCGUAUGGAUACAACUAUGGACUUCAGCUGCAGAACUUCCACGCAGCCCACAACCCGUACCACCCACAUCACACAGGUGGUGCGUUCCCGUUCCCUAACGCGCCCUGCACCUUGCCCUCCUCAGCCUCCAUAUUCCCUGCGCCGCAUCCCCUGCCCUCCCUUUUGGGCGCCGAUUUACGAAAGCCCUUUUACCCCCAACUAAGCCCGUCUCUGCCUCCUCUCAAGACAGACACCAGCACCUCGAGUCGGCCUUCCUUCUCCAUUGACAAUAUCAUCGGUGCGGCCAACUCCACCGCCUCUUCCUACAGCGCACAGCCCAGCAGCCAGGCUCAGAUCCUGGCCAUGCUGACCCCAGCCUUGGCCUCAGCUUCCAACCAUUUGAACCUGACACAGGACAGCAUAUUACAACCCGGGCCACAGGGUCAGACUUUUACCAGCAAAACCCCCAACAUGAACACUUGUCCUUUUUAAAACAAACGGCGAGGUUGGUCGCUGAAAAUCUUUUUAUUAUAAAGCCAAUUGUUGCGUCGUCCUAUGUGAAGGUAGGAUGAACAUUCUUAGUGAAAUAAAAGUUUCUGUUUCUCCCAGUUUCAUAACAAUGUAAAAGGGGAGGGAAAGAGUUAUUUAUGUUUUUGUAAAUAUCUGUAUAAUAGAGAAAGAGAGAGGGAGAGAGAGAGAAAUGACAGCAAAACUAGGAGGAAGGAUCUUUUUUUUUUUUUUUUUUUUUUUUUUUUAAGUAAUGCUGGCCUACGAUCUGGCAUGUGGCCUUCAUUUUGACUAAGUGAGGGGGAA